AUGUCCAAAAACGAUAUUUUGUACGUAAAAGGAAUGAAUCUUUCUGAAUCAGAGCAAGAUGAUGAAGAGGAAGACAUCUGGGAUGACAGUAAGCUCAAUGACGCAUAUGACAAAGCUUUAAGGAUAGCUAAUGCAGAAGUAGCUAAGAGAGUUGCUAUGUCAACCAACACAUCAUCCAAAGAUGGAAAUGAAAAAAUUACAGAUAUGAAGUUAAAAUCCCAAUCAAAUACCAAAUCUUCACAUAAGAAAGAUAAAACCCAAUGGAAAGCUGGUAUGCACUGUCGGGCACUAUAUGAUGGGGAUGGGAUCGAAUAUGAGGCAUUAUUGCUAAGGGUUAUAAAUGAUAAAGAAUGUGUUGUUAGAUUUCUAGGAUAUGAAAAUUCAGAAAUAGUGUCGAUUUCUUACCUCAAACCAUCGUUAGGUAAAAGUGAGAGGACAAAGCAAAUAGAAGAAGCUUUAGCCGAUAGAAUGAGUGAUAAGAAUUCAAAUAACUUAUCCAAUGUUGAAAAUAUGGAAUGUAGCGAUAGACCACUGAGUCCUGGAAGUACAGUGUCAUUUCAAAAAAAAAAGAAAAAGGGAAAGAAGAAAAGCAAGCAGAAACCAAUGAAUGGCUUUGAUUUCCCUGAGAUGCCAAUGCCUGAUUUAGCUCAAUUAAGGAAUCUUGGUGCAAUAGAAAUGCCGAUCCCACCACCGCCAUUGGGUCUUCGCAGUGGAGCAGACAAUGAGGAACAAGCCGUCUCAUCAAUGUUGAUAAGCUGGUACAUGAGCGGGUACUACACUGGGUUGUAUCAAGGGAUGAAACGG